AUGGCUGUUGAGGAGACUGUGUUCCCACCCACCAACCUCACCUCCAGCAAUCAGAGCAGCUGCAAUGUGCACAACUAUCCUUUCUCUGCCAAAGUCACCUUCUCCCUCUUCUACACUGCCCUGCUGGUGUUUGGUGCCUGUGGGAACAUCCUGGCCCUUUGCAUCACCUUCCAGCGCAGGAAGAAGAAACUCAAUUCCACCAACCUCUACUUGGUGAACCUUGCCCUCUCUGAUGCUCUCUUCACCCUAGCACUGCCAGGCAGGAUUGCCUACUACAUCCUGGAGUUUGACUGGCCCUUUGGGGACUGGUUCUGUCGGGCCACAGCCUUCAUCUUCUACAUGAACACCUACGUGGGCAUCUACUUCAUGACCUGCAUAAGUGUGGACCGCUACAUUGCUGUGGUGCGCACCAAGUACCCCAGCAGGGUCCAGAGGAUGAGCCGUGCCAGGGGUGUCUGUGUCCUCAUCUGGUCCUUGGUGUUUCUGCAGACAGCACCCCUGCUUCUGAGGCCCAUGACACGGAGGAUGGGGGACAAGCUGACAUGCAUGGAGUACUUCAACUUUGAGGAAAUUCCUAAGCUGCCUUACCUGCUCCUAGGUGCUUGUGUACUUGGCUUCUUCCUGCCUGUGGGCAUCAUCCUGGUGUGCUAUGUGAGGAUCAACCUCAAGCUCUGCCAGACGGCCAAGGAGAAUCCUCUGACAGUGAAGAAUGGGCAUAGCUACCGGGCCUUCAUGGUCAUCCUGGUGGUGCUGCUGGCUGUCCUGCUAUGCUUCAGUCCCUACCACCUUAACAUUGUCCAGUUCAUGGUCAGGAAGAUUCUCUACCAGCCAUCUUGCCAUGAGCAGCAAGCCUUCAAGACAUCCUUGCAAGUCACUGUGGCGUUCAUGAACCUCAACUGCUGCAUCGACCCCAUCAUCUACUUCUUUGCCUUCCGGGGCUACAAGCAGAGGCUGCUCAUUGCCUUGAAAAGUGGCUCCAAGACCCACUCUGAGAGCAACAGCACCAGCCAGCCUCCUGGCUCCGUCUCUGUUUAG